AUGGUCAAUUUCUACCCAUCGCAAAUUGGAUCUAUAUUCGUUACUCCUUUGUCCUACACUACAUCUCCUUUCAAGUUAUUUCUUGGUGACCUAUGGCUCGUUCUUAUAAACCUCGGAUACCUUCUCAAUGUCUUUAGGCCUCGGACUCCCGCUCUUUCUAAUGAUCUUUGCGAAUUAUCUUUUACUUGGAUGAACUACAGAGAUCUUACUUUGCAUGCUUUCCUGAUCGUUCUGCAACUAUUGUUUUUGCUUUCCAUUCCUAUCUGGAUUUUGAUGCCAGUAUGGGCGGUAUUCGCAGGAUUUACUGCGUUUUGGUUGUUCAACUACUCAAUUUGUUAUAUUUUGAAUGGGCCGAGAUCGGCGAGGACCUAUAGAUCUGCUUGUGAACACGCCCAGGGAAGGACCCAGCAUGCGAAAGAGCGAUGGUUAUACUUGAAUGGUGUUUGCACUGGACGUCAUUGGCUUAAAGGUUCUGUGAAUCGUCUCGCCAUCACCUUUGGACGCCCGGUCAUGGGAAUCCACAACAGAACCAAUGGCUUAAUUUUCGACCUCAUCGAAUGUGUGAUCCAGCGCAGCUUCGAUUAUGCCACUACCGACAUUCGCAUCGCUUACCGUAUCCUCAAAGGCGACUUGUACAACACCAGUGUUGAGCGAGUGAUUCUUAUAUGCCAUUCUCAAGGUGGCAUUGAGGCUAGCAUUAUGAUAGACCGGCUUCUCGCUGAGAUCCCUCAGGACCUUGUCCGAAAGCUCGAGGUCUACACAUUUGGAAACGCCGCUAAUCAUUUCAACAACCCACAUCUUCGCCGGGAAUACCAGAGAGCCGCCUUGGCUAAACCGGCAUCACCCGCGGCUGGCUCGAACAACCCUGCAGACCCUCUCACUAAUCAAGAGAUGAAUGGAAAGUCCAUCCCACACAUUGAACACCACGCGCAUACAUUUGAAAUUGUCUCUAGAAUUGGAAUACUUCACUUUGCCAAGAUUCAAAAUGAUGAUAAUUUCGCAGCGCGUUAUAUGGGAAGGAUUUUUGAAGUAGAAGCUACCGGUCAUAUGUUCGUACAGCACUAUCUAGAUACCAUGUUUCCACUUGACCCACGCUGGCGAGAGAGAUUGCUAGACAUCAGUCAAGGCUCCGGUAAAGGUCCAGAUGGCGACACUCAACCGGGGCUCGCUGUCAAGGAUGCCGGGUUUAUGAAAAGAAUGGUCGAACGUGAAGGUCGAGUGGCGCCUGGAAAUAAACUCGGAAGGGAAGGCUGGGAGGUUUCGAUAACAGACCCAGAAGGGAUCGAGUACGGGUUGGUUGGUGGUAUGACACGAGUUCGGGUGAAAAACUUGAGUAGAUUGAGGUUAUACCUCAAUGGGAGGAUUCCUGAGGAAAGGAGAUGA